AACAAUCAAAGUGAAUAUUAGUUUAAUAAUACAUUUAUAGAUAUAUUAUUGUGAUCAUAAUGGCUCUCUCUGCGGAUUACUCUGCUGGUCUUCCUACUAAUUAUGCCUUUUAUACCACAGGAGGCAUACAAAGUGGAUUAUCUGUAGACCAACCCUAUUUCACCCUCAAUGACAGGAAUAUUUCGAUAUAUAGUGGAGCUUUACAUUAUUUUAGAGUACCAAGAGCAUAUUGGAGGGAUAGGUUGAGAAAAAUGAGAGCUGCAGGACUUAAUACCGUUGAAACUUAUAUUCCAUGGAAUUUACAUGAGCCUCAAUCAGGUCAAUUUGAUUUUGGUGAAGGAAAUAAUGAUAUGUCGGACUUUCUACAUUUAGAAGAAUUUCUUAAGACUGCUCAAGAAGAAGAUCUAUUCGCUAUAGUUCGAUCAGGUCCAUUCAUUUGCGCCGAAUUCGAAUUCGGAGGCUUUCCUAGUUGGUUAUUACGUGACAAAGAACUUGAAAUGAGAACGAGUAAUCAAUCAUACAUGAAAUAUGUUACGAGAUUUUUCAAUAUGCUCCUUCCCAUGUUAGCUGCAUUGCAGUUCACUUAUGGAGGUCCUAUUAUUAUGUUUCAAGUAGAAAAUGAGUACGCAGUAUCCGGCAAAAAGGAUUUGGAAUAUUUGAAGUUAUUACGACAACUCAUGUUAGAUAACGGUAUAAAAGAGCUUUUGGUAACCUCGGAUAAUCCAGUUAGAGGAGCAGGUGGUACAAUACGAAGUCUCUUUUUCAUGACUGGUAACUUUAACACAGAUGCAAUCAACAAUUUAGAUAAACUAAAAUCCUAUCAACCUGACAAACCACUGAUGACAAUGGAAUAUUGGUCUGGUUGGUUCGAUUUUUGGGGAAGAUCUCAUAGUAAUGGUACACUAGAAAGUUUUGAGGAAGUUUACGAACAAAUUUUGAGCUAUCCGUCUUCUGUCAAUAUUUACAUGUUUCAUGGUGGAACAAACUUUGGUUUUUUGAAUGGCGCAGAGAAUUUAAAAUUUGACGACCUUGAAACAGAUUAUCAUUCAAUAAUCUCAAGUUACGAUUAUGGUGCACCACUAGAUGAAUCAGGGGAUUAUACUGAUAAGUAUUGGGCUGUUAAAGAGCUGUUAGAUAAAUAUAAUGCGAUAAAAACUAAACUCCCAGAUGUUCCAACGCCACCGAGAAAAAUCGCUUAUCCUGAAAUAAGUAUUCAGAAACAAUUGAAAAUUGAAGAAAUUUUACAUACAAUUUCCCCCGUCUAUUCCAAAAAUGUGGUAGCAAUGGAAACUAUAGAUAUUAAUAACAAUAAUGGUCAAAGCUUUGGAUAUAUUGUUUAUAGAAAAGUUCUAGAUAUUCCUGCUGGCGCGGUUUUGAAAAUAGAAGGAAGAGUUUGCGAUACGGUUAUGGUCCUAAUUAAUGGGCAGUUAGUUUCACCUUGGAUUUCUCGGGCAGUUGAUAUGAAUCAAUUUGGUACUUCCAGAAUCGAAAACAGUACUUUAACUCUUUCAACUGUUGAUGUUAAAAACGCUACACUCGAUUUAAUAGUUGAGAAUUGGGGAAGAGUAAAUGUGAGAGUUUAUAAACAAUACAAAGGACUCUGGCAAGGCGGAGUCCUUGUAAACGAUCAAUAUAUCACAGAUUGGCUGAUAUACCCUCUGGAAUUCAAGAGAUCCUGGAAUUAUAAUUUGAAUUUCAAUGAUGAUUAUGAUGAAAAUACUGUUGGACCUGUUUUAUAUCGAGGAAUUUUAAAUAUAGAAGGUGAGCCGGAAGACACUUAUGUGAAUAUGCGAAAUUGGAGAAAAGGAAUAGUUAUAGUUAAUGGAUUUGUUAUUGGUAGAUAUGCUAGAAUGGGACCGAUUCAAACCUUAUACUUACCAGCACCGUUAUUACAAGAAGGAGAUAACAGCAUUAUUGUAUUCGAACAUUUUAAACCCGACAGUAAAAUUCAAUUUGCAACGGGACAUUUAUACGAGUCUCAUUAACUAUAAAUAAUACUCAGAAAAAUACACAAAUCAUUUAUUUGUUACAGUAUGGUAGCUAAUUUGUGAGUUUUAUAUGACGGUGUAAGAAAUUCUAUGCUUUUAUUAUUUAUUAUGGAAUAUUAUGAAUGGAUAAUAAAAAAUUAUACUGAU